AGGAAUUACAAUCGCGAAAGCUACUUAUUCCCGUCAUGUCAGCUGCAGAAUCAGGGUCGCCACCAGAAGCGAAGAAGAUUCGCAUAGAAGAGGAGGGUGGUUCAAAUGAUGUAGGGGCCGGGUCUGUUUCCGAAUUCCCGACUGUUUCAACUGCAAAUAUUGCCAUUCAAAAAACCGACACCAACGGAACGACCGAAUGCACAGCUGUUACCGAAGUGGACGUUGGCAUAUCCGAGUAUAUCUCUCCCAGUAUACCAGGCUUUACUGGAAUCAUUAAAGAAAGGAUCCACGAUUUUUUGGUCAAUGAAGUUGACAGAAAUGGAAAGACAGUGCAUUUGGAGUCAACAGAAAUUCCGAAACCUCAAAAGUCGACGACAGAAGAUGGUUCAGUGGAAGAACCGACCAUAUCACAAGAGGAGAUUCACAGUUUAGUAGAGAAAGUAGUCGGGAAAGAAACAGCCGAUGCAAUCCAGGCAAUGCUGGAAAAUCCUGCCGAUAAGAAAGCUACAGUCACCUGCCCGCCUCAAGACGACAAACAGCAGCGCACUGAAACUCAUCAACUUUUCAAAGAACACUUCAAGAACAAGCUUGUGACAACUACUCAAGAUGGCAGCAUUGUUGUACGAUGGUGGCGACCUUCGGAUAAGAAUGAUAAAAGGACAAUGAAAGAUGAAUUCGAGGCCCUCGGUGGACCAUACCUUCAGUUUUCAUUGUAUAAAGAAAACAAAGACACCAUGGAGGCAGUCAAUAAUAUCUGCAAGACCUGUCGGCUUGCACCGAAAAGCUUAAGUUAUGCGGGGACCAAGGAUAGACGAGCCAUCACAGUACAGAACGUCACAGCCUAUCAUGCACUUGCGGACAGGUUAGUAAGAGCGCAAGAAAUUCUCAAUCGUCAAGGCAUCUACGUUGCCAACUUCAAGUAUGUAAAGAAUGCGCUGAAGCUCGGAGAUUUGAAAGGAAAUCGGUUCGGUAUUGUCCUGAGAAAUGUUGCCGGUGCUUCUCAGGAAAUCAUUGAGGAGAGUUUGAAUCAUUUGAAGAAAAAUGGUUUCAUUAAUUACUAUGGUAUGCAACGGUUCGGUACUGGAUCUAUAUCAACGCAUACCGUCGGUCGACAUGUUCUAAAGGGAGACUGGAAAGAGGCUAUCAAUCUCAUUCUCAAACCUCGUGCUAGUGAUCGAUAUGACUGGGCAAGGGCAAGAAAAAUUUGGGAGGAUACUCAAGAUCCGGAGAGGGCUAUUCAAGCUUUCCCUAAGAAGGCAAAUCUUGAAAUAGGUGUUCUGAAAAAGCUGAAACAGAACCCUACUGAUUUCUCUGGUGCCUUCAGCUCCAUUCCACGAAAUAUGAGACUUAUGUAUGUGCAUGCGUAUCAAUCGUUUGUCUGGAAUCAUGCUGCCUCUGAGCGCAUACGCUUGUAUGGUGCCAACAACGUAGUAGUUGGAGAUGUUGUCUUACUGAACGGUGACUUGAAUGAAGUUGAUGAGGAUGAGCCAGUUAAUACGAUGAAACAACAAGUGAAAAUAGUUACGGAGGAAGAUCUGGAAAAGUACACUAUUUUUGAUGUAGUCCUUCCUCAACCUGGCUUCGAUGUUAUCUACCCACAUAACGCAACCUUUGCCGUGUAUAAGAAAGUGAUGGCACAAGAUGGCUUAGAUCCUGAAAACAUGAAUACUGCAAACAAAGAAUAUAGACUGCCCGGAACUUAUAGACGCCUUUUGGGCAUGCCUUCCGAAAUUGAAUGGUCUUUCAUUCGCUAUGAUGAUCCCAUUAUGAAGUUAUGCAGAACCGAUGCUGAUAUCCUGAACGGUGAAGCUGAGCUGGAGAGCAAUGAGGGUCAGUACCUUGGGCUCAGACUAUAUUUAUCACUAGCUGCUAGCCAGUAUGCCACAAUGGUAUUGCGCGAAGUGAUGAAACAACAAACGUCAGCUGCCUAUCAUUCAACACUCAAGCGUGCCCGUGACGAAGACGUUGGCCAGGAGACGAAGUAGAAAUAACAUGAGAAAAUUCGAAUAAGGACUGUGUACAUUAAAUAUUUCCGGAUGAUCCAAAGCCAGUGUGAUUGAAUGGUGUAAAGUUUAUCAGAUAAAAUGUUCAAGGUUCCCGAGUUCUGCCCCUUAUGCAAAUAUAGUGUAAUAGCUUGAUAAAUAACAAUGGUCAUUAUUGGUAUUUUCAGCCAUCGGCAAAUCGGUU